ACCACACGUUUUGUGGCCGCUCCAGUCCACCGUCCUUAGUUGUGAGAAUUACUAUAAUAUACAUAUGUAUCUAAUUGCUGUAAUUUGUACAAUAUUAUAGUAUGACUACAUUACAAACAUCGAUAUUUUUUACCAACAUUGGAAAACAAUCGAUUUUGUGAUGACGCGAGCCUGCAAGAACUUAAAAAAAGUGUGGACGAUAUAUUAUUCGGUAGCCAAAGUAUAGGCAUUUUGUCGUACUCUCGCGAAAGUUACACGUUAGUUUGCCAGAAACGGGCAACUGAUAUUUAUUAUAGGACCGCAUACCUACGUUACAUACAAUGGAUAGUGCAUCGAGACCUAUUGACAGUAUUGCAGAUAAUCGCUAUUUUUGCCACAGCUGUGAUGCCGAAAUAGGGAGCGUAGCUGAUGAUUUUACGUGUCCAACAUGUCAUUUGGGAUUUAUUGAAAAAGUUGAAGAACAGCAAACUCCUGAAGAACUAGAUGAUGACGAAUUGGUUUUUUCUAAUGCACACUUUAUGGUGAAUGGAAUAUUAGGAGAUGGUGAACUAGCAGGAAGACGGAGGUCAAAUAUUCGUCGUCGUAGAUUUACAACAAGAGGUCCUCAUCUAAUGACAUUACAACCUGGAAGAGGCCCAAGGCGUAGUUCAGGUGGGACAAUUGAAAAUUUAGUAGAAGAUGUCAUUGUCAACUUUGCUGAUUAUGCUCGAUCAGGUGGAAGUCCAGUCAGUAGAUUUUUACUUGGUAACCCUGGUGAUUAUGUUUGGGGAAGAGAUGGAUUAGAUUCAAUUGUAUCACAGUUAUUAAAUCAGAUUGAUGGAGCUGGACCUCCUCCAUUAACAAAAGAGAAAAUACAAGAAAUUCCUACAGCAGUUAUUUCUCAAGAACAUUUAGAUUUGAAACUCCAAUGCUCUGUUUGUUGGGAAGAUUUUACAAUUGACGAAAAAGUAAUGAAACUAGCUUGUGAUCAUAUGUUUCAUAAAGACUGUAUUAUACCUUGGUUAGAAUUGCAUGGUACAUGUCCAAUUUGUCGUAAAUAUUUAGCAGAUGAUGGGUUAAGUUCAAUGAAUUCAGAUCCACUAGGAAUCAGUUUAGGUGUUGGACCUAAUUUAGCAGCACUCAUUAGAGCUCGUAGUAAUCCGCGUACUAAUACUGAUCCAGUAUGGGGAAUGAAUGAUUAUGAUAUGGCAUCUACGUCAUCUGACUGGCCUACACAACUUGGUAUUAGUUUACCACUUCCACUUGUGUCAUCAUCAUCAGCUACACAGACUCCAGCUGCAGCAUCAGGUAUGUCCACUUAUUCAUCCGUCACAGCUAGAAACUUACGUGACCAACGGUUGUCAACUUCAACUGCUGAUGUUGAACCUAUGGAAACUGACCAUGAUCAAAAUUUACCUGCAGUGAAUAAUGCAAAUAAUUCCUAGUCUUUUCUAGUAAAAACAAGUAUGAUUUUAGUACAAUAUGAGUUUACUGUUUAAUACAUGAAAAUGAAAGAAAUAUAUUCAAUUAAUAACAAUUAA